GACGCGCUUCGGGGAGGGGAAGGCGGGGGCGCGACGGUGGCGGGAGCGUGCCCGAUCCCCGCCCCUGUUUCCCACUCUUCUUCCACCUCGGACCGGCCGGGGCUUCGGAGAGUCUCGGCUCGCCAGUCCCUGGGGCUGCCCUGUUGCCGCCACCUCCGUUCGCGGCGAGCCCGUCAGUCCCCGCAUAGUGCGCUUCUUCAUCUGGGCCAUGGAUGGCGGAGAUCUGAUGAGCUUCUUUCUUCUGGCAUCAUUAACGGACCUUUUACCAUGAACAAUUCCACUCCUACCACAGGUGUGUAUGCUAAUGGGAAUGACAACAAGAAAUUUAAAGGAGAUAGAACUCCCUGUUCACCUUCCCGUGUUCUCCAUCUUCGCCAAAUUCCAAGUGAUGUCACCGAAGCAGAGGUCAUAUCAUUAGGUCUACCAUUUGGCAAAGUAACUAAUCUUUUGAUGUUGAAAGGAAAAAGCCAGGCUUUCUUAGAAAUGGCUUCUGAGGAAGCUGCUGUAACUAUGGUGAAUUAUUACACUCCUGUUACUCCUCACCUACGAAGCCAGCCUGUUUAUAUCCAGUAUUCCAAUCAUAGAGAACUCAAGACUGACAAUCUGCCUAAUCAAGCUAGAACCCAAGCUGCAUUGCAGGCCAUCAGUGCUGUCCAGUCAGGAAACCUGGCCCUUACUGGAACUGCUACCAAUGAAGGCACAGUCCUGCCUGGGCAAAGCCCUGUGCUCCGAAUAAUUAUUGAAAACCUGUUUUACCCUGUUACUCUGGAAGUUCUUCAUCAGAUAUUUUCUAAAUUUGGCGCAGUCUUGAAGAUUAUCACCUUUACAAAGAAUAAUCAGUUUCAAGCCUUGCUUCAGUAUGCUGACCCAAUGAAUGCACAUUAUGCUAAAAUGGCUCUGGAUGGCCAGAAUAUCUAUAAUGCAUGCUGCACUCUACGCAUUGACUUCUCCAAGCUCACCAGCCUUAAUGUGAAAUAUAAUAAUGACAAAAGCAGAGACUUCACUCGCUUAGACCUUCCUACUGGUGAUGGCCAGCCAUCCCUUGAACCCCCUAUGGCUGCUGCUUUUGGUGCACCAGGUAUAAUUUCCUCACCGUAUGCAGGGGCUGCUGGAUUUGCCCCAGCCAUUGGAUUUCCUCAAGCUACAGGUCUUUCAGUCCCAGCUGUUCCUGGAGCUCUUGGUCCUCUCACAAUCACCCCCUCUGCUGUCACUGGAAGGAUGGCCAUUCCUGGGGCCAGUGGGAUGCCAGGAAAUUCUGUUCUCCUUGUCACCAAUCUCAAUCCUGAUCUUAUCACACCACAUGGGCUUUUUAUCCUAUUUGGAGUGUAUGGUGAUGUACAUCGAGUGAAAAUUAUGUUUAAUAAGAAAGAAAAUGCCUUGGUUCAGAUGGCAGAUGCAAAUCAAGCUCAACUAGCAAUGAAUCAUCUGAGUGGUCAGAGACUUUAUGGAAAAGUGCUUCGUGCUACACUGUCCAAGCAUCAAACAGUUCAGCUUCCUCGAGAGGGACAAGAAGACCAAGGUCUGACUAAGGAUUUCAGCAAUAGUCCUUUGCAUCGCUUCAAAAAGCCUGGCUCUAAAAACUUCCAGAAUAUUUUCCCACCAUCAGCCACUCUGCAUCUUUCCAACAUCCCCCCUUCUGUUACAGUGGAUGAUCUGAAGAACCUUUUCACAGACGCUGGAUGUUCAGUGAAGGCUUUUAAAUUCUUUCAGAAAGAUCGCAAAAUGGCGCUCAUUCAGUUGGGAUCCGUGGAAGAAGCAAUCCAGGCCCUUAUUGAGCUUCAUAACCAUGACCUUGGAGAAAAUCACCACCUCAGAGUUUCCUUCUCAAAAUCCACAAUCUGACUUUUCUGUGAAAUUUUCUUCUAAGACUGAACCAUAAUUUAAGUAAAACUUUCAGACAUGGACUGAAGCAGCUCAAGACCAAUUCUGCCUCUUUCACAAAAAUAACUAUUAAACUCUUGCUGAGUUUGAUAUUCAAGUAUAUUAAAAAACAAGGGGUCUUCUCUUUUUCCAUUUUUUUCCCCUGCCAGUAAGUGAUCAAAGAUUUGUUUUUCUCUACACCAUAGUUCCUAGGAAAAUAAUCUUCAAGAAAAAAUUAAUUCCCCAUGUUAAAUUGAAUUUCAAGAGGACAGACUUUCUUUUAGUUUGGGUCCAAAUCAGCCUUUUGCAACAUUUCUAAACUCUGUACUUUAAAAAAUUUAAAUAUAUAGACUUUUAAAAUUACUUUAUGUAAUUUAAAUUACUUUUGACCAAGUUUUUAACUUUAUGAUUCAGAAGUUUGACCUCUGUAGGAAAUGAAGUUGACUUAUGAUUUGUCAAUUAUUUACAUAUAUUGGUAGUUAUUAUACAUUGAGUUAUAAUGGAAGCAAAUUUAUGUAAACUUGUAGGUUUCCUUUUAUUGAUUUCUUCCCCCCACUGGAAGACACUCCUUUGAAUGAUGCAUAUCUUUAACUUUUUAAGACUAUUUGGAGAAAUGAAGUAUCUUAACUGCCCCUAGGGAAAUUAAGUGGAAGCCAACCAGAAUCUAUUAAGAUUAGAAUAAUUAAUACUUUUAUUAGGAAAAAUCAUGUUUUAAAUUUCAGAAUACUUGUUUGUUGAGUAAUGUCAUAUGGUCUUUGAAAAUUUAAAAGGAAAAAUAAUCCAACUUAUAAACUACUUUUUUACAGUUGUUUUCAGAAAAAAGUUUACAGUCUUAAAGAAACUAUUCAGGUCUCUCAUAUGGUUUGACAGAUUUUUUAGAAGUUAUUUUUGGUAAGGUCUUCUUUUAGAAAAAAACAAAAUUAAUCUCAAGGGGUUUUGUACCACUAUAAUCUCUAAUACUUAUUCAGAAUUACUGUGUAUUUACUUAAUUUCUUAUUAUGUGCCUUAUUAUGUGCUUACGAUAAAUAGGUUAGAAUUUUAUCUAAGUAUCUUAAAAGCUGUAUUGUGGGCUUGGUGAGCAUUUUGGUUUUUUCUUUCCCUCUUUUGGUAAGGAUUUUAAAGAUUUUUUUCAUUGCAGUUUUAAUGGUUUUCAAUAAGUAAUAGUUUUUAUUCAAAUUUUUGGUGCUUUUGUGCAGAGAUGGGG